AUGCGAGCGGAAGAAGGAUUUCAAUUCGAGCGAUUCCGUGUGGCCUCGCCUUGGACGUCGGACCCGGCACUCCGACUCACCAUCCUGCGCCUCCUCUCAUCGGGCCCUCACGCCCUGUCGCCCGCCCAAAUCUCUCCGCUCUUCGCCAACUUCACCACCCUCGGCGACCGCAUUGAGGGCGAGUACGCCGAUAUCGCUUCGACGCUCGAUACCCCGCAACACGAGCCCACGCUGGUCCAGUACGAUGCGUGGGGUCAACGCGUCGACAAGCUUGUCACCGGCGAAGGGUGGAAGCGGCUCAAAGGCGUUGCUGCCAGUGAAGGCAUCGUAUCCGAAUCCUACACCUGUGCUGAGGCCAUCCGCGGCGGAGGUCGAUCCAAACUCGGUCAGUUCGCCCGCCUCUUCGCCUUCACUCGAAGCGUCAUGUUCACCCCAGUCAGCAAAGUCGUGCUGUGCCCGAUCAGCAUGACCGAUGGUGCGGUGCGCGUGCUCGAGCUGUUCGGCACCGAGUCGCAGCGACGGGAAAACAUUCCCAAGCUCGUCAGUACCGACCCAAAGACAGCGUGGACAGCAGGUCAGUGGAUGACCGAGCGUCCUGGUGGAUCCGACGUCUCUCGCACUGAAACCACUGCGGUACCCCUCGACGAGACCCGAACUGCCCCCGGCGACAAGUUCGUCAUUUCGGGCUUCAAGUGGUUCUCCUCCGCCACGGACGGCGAUAUCGCUCUCGCCCUAGCACGAACCAACACCGACUUGACGCAAGGCAGCAAAGGGUUGUCGUUGUUCCUGAUCAAGAUCCGCGAUGACGCGACGGGCAAGCUCAACGGCAUCCGCGUUCAUCGGCUCAAACGGAAGUUGGGAACAAAGUAUCUACCUACCGCAGAGCUCGAAUUGGACAACUGCAUCGGCGAGCUCGUCGGCCCGCUCGGUCGGGGAGUCGCCACGAUCUCCUCUGUACUCAACAUCACUCGGUUGUACUCUGCAGGUGGCGCAGUCGGUGCAUUGUCGUGGGGUCUUCGUUCGGCCACUGCCUACGCCCAGAUCCGACCUGCUCUGGGUGGUGGUCGACUAGACAACCUCCCCCUGCACACCGACCAACUGCUCAAAGUCACCGUUACCUACCGCGUCUUCCUCCAGAUCUUCUUCACCAAUGUACUGCUCAUGGGGGCGAGCGAAUCGGGUCAGGCGACAAAGCGCGAUCAAACGAGACUGAGACUGCUCACGCCAGCGUUGAAGGCGUUUGUCGCCACCCGCGCCUCCGAAUGCUACCUCACGCUGAUGGAAAGCUUCGGUGGACAGGGGUACAUGGAGGAGGUAGGCAUGGGCGAGAUGCUUCGCGACGGAAGCGUCGAGCGAAUCUGGGAAGGGACACCAGCGAUUUUGUCGUUAGAUGUGCUUCGCGUUCUCGUUCAGUCCAAGGGUCAAGCGCUGAUCGAGUUCUUCGAGGACAUUGGCGGCGUGAUCAAGAGUCUACCCGCCAAGCUGGCGGGGCAGGUGCAAGACGAGGUGAGGUUCCUCGGCGCCACCCUCAAACAGACCGCGGAGGUCCUGACAGGGUUGGACCUGGAACGGCACAUGAAGACGACAGAUCUGCGAUUCAGCAGAUACCUCCUCGAUUUGAUCAUGGCCAUCCAGGGUUCGGCGCUGCUGCUCCAACACACGGCUUGGAAGAUCGACGCCUUGGCGCAGAGCAACGAGCUGCAGAAGCUGGCAGGCGUAAGCGUGGACGAGGAGCACAUCCAGCAGGACGUUUACCUGAUCCGGCUGUGGAUCGGCGGCAAGGAUGGCGCGGCCGGGUUCGCGGACAUGGCUCGACUCGUGUCGCAGCUCAAGGCGGCGACGCAGGAGGAGGCGGCAAGCGAGGUGGGAGCGGUGAAAUUGGGUCAUGGUCUGGUAUACUCUUGGGACCAGAAGAAGGUUGAGCAGAUCAAGAGCCAUUUGUAG